AUGGCUACUGCUAGUGCAUGGACCGUUCAUAUUAUCAACGAAGCGGAGAGCUCAAGGUUCCGCGACGAAUACGGGUCCAGCGUGAACAGGCACGCACGGUCAAAAAAGGCGGACUUGAAAUGGUAUUCCAAGAGCAACGCAGAAGGGGAUAGCAGGAGACGGUUUGUAACGCCGGAGAAGUUAGAACUACUUGCUAUUAUUAAACCAGGUUGUCCUGGGACCACAAUAUUGUUCUCGGCCUUCAUGGAGGCGCAGCUUAGGGUUUCGGAAUCAGCACACAUGGUGAAACGACAGAAACGCUAUGGGAUCGAUCAGGCCGUCCCAGUCCCAGGAGAGGGGGAACCGAGAACGGCGUGCGGGCCCUAUGAUCGGCGCCUUGUUAGUUGCCAUGCGCUCUGGAUUGCCCAACCUGGCACUGGCGUAGUCAUUCCGAUUAUAGUUACGGAGAUAUCGCUUCUUCACCGAGAUUUCAGGCGUAACUUGGCUAUCCCCCACCACGGACCAUUGAAUCUCCAUCCAUCUUCGCAGGGAAUUAAGAUUCAGCGGCGACCACCACCACGCUUGCACGAGGUUGGCACGCUAUACCAUUCCCAAGCUUUCGACAAAAAGACUCUGAACUUUUCUUGGCACCUUUGCGGAAAAAAAAAAAAGAAAAAAGGUACGCGCUCGACAACUAUGAAGGAAAGAAUAGCUCCCGUCCCGUAUGCCCUGCUCUCUGUCGAGCACCCACUGCGCACGGCCCCCUCGGGAGCGUUUACUUCUGAUCGUUCCACAGAUGCAUGCACUCUGCAUCUGGGGAGCAGAUUGCAUCGCAUCUCCCUAUGCAAUGGUCUCACGCCGCUACACAACAACACUUUUCGGAGCGAGACAAAUCUAGAAAGAGGGCCCAAAAUUACGAUAUCAAUUAAUGCGUAA